AUGGAGAACAUCCUCUCUUUUCUGAAUAGAUAUAUUGAACCAUGGUUAGGCUUUGGAUCAACAUUCUUGAAUACUGGUUCCAAUUACAUCUUCCUGAGUGGAGUGGGGUCUAUCCUUCUAUACCUAUGGUAUUUGAUAUUGAAACCAUUCUUCCCAUCACCUUGGAAAAGUCAGGACAUCAAAAAGUGGCAGGGUACAGAUAACAAAGGAAGGAGGAGGUCACUUAAAGGUUGCAGAACUUCCCAGAAAAAAAUACAGGAGCAGAGGAAGCUGCUGUCUGUUGUGCAAAGCCCCAUAGGUGAGCUGUAUGAUUCCUCCCGCUUUCGGCAGCUAUUGUGUCCAGAUCCCUUCUGUGAUGUGUGUAAUGGAGCGACUGCUAAGAUCGACCGUCUGCUUUUUCAGGCCACCCCGCAAGAUGGCACUGCCUCCAUGUCCAGUAUGGACUCCACAGUUUCUGUGACUGAGACUUUGUCCCUUCCUCUCCCAGAAAAUACUGUAGGAGAUCUAAUUUCAGAUCCUACAUAUGAGCCUUCUCUACAGUCUUCCUCCAUUAUUCCACCUCACCAGAGUGUGCACUUGGAAGACACACUUUCUGCCUCACCACUGGAUGAUUGUCUACUACCAGAGUCUCCUGUGAAUGCUGAAUGCCCACUGGACCACGAUUCUCUCCAUCCACUUGCCUCUUUAUCUCUUCCACAACAACACGCCACUCAGGAAACAGAACUGCUUCUCCCGCCAGCAACUGUUCUCUCUCUGGUAGGCAGCCCGUGGGAGCUUUUCAAUGAUGUCCCAAUAAAUGAAGGCAUUUGUAGUUCAGAUCAUGCAGUGUCAGAAUUUAUCCAGCAGCAGACUGAUACACGCAACUCUUCCCAGUUGGAGCCAGCACAUUCGGAUAACCAAGAGCUUCUUGACCUCCAUUCACCUGAAUCCUACUUAUGGGGAAACACCACAACUUACCUCACCUUGUCUGGAAACCUUAACUUUUCCAGCCUUGGUACUAUGGCACUAUUUGAAACACAAGACGGGGGGAUGACUGAUUCACUUAAAACUUGGGGUAAAACCUCAGAGUUUGAUCAUCAGAACUUGGCAGUUUCCCAUCCUUUGGGGAGCAGCAAAGAGAGACAUCACAUACCCGAGAAGUUGCCUUAUUCCAAGACCUCUGAAGAUCAGUUAGAGGAUAAACAUACCCAGUUUUUCUGUGGACUCCCUUCUCUACACAGUGAGUCCAUGAAGUCUAUUGCCUCUGUGUUGACUGAUAGUUCCCUGACCUCUGGAUGCUGCAACAGAUUAUUAGAUUCCCCAGUGCUUACCCACCACACAACUCUGCCCUUGCCUGAAAGUCAACUAACUAACUUCUCCCAAAGUCUGUCCCAAUCUCAGUACCAACCUAUCCCUCAAGUGAACCCCCAGGCCCAGCUUCAAUCCUCAAUUCCAGUGCUGUCACCUUCUCUUUCCCAACAUAAGAUCUGUGGGGUAUAUUUUCACAGCCCCCAGGAUGAAGCACAACCUCUUGAUCCAUCUGCAAUCCACUGCCUGGAAUAUAACAUCUUGAAAAAGGAACAGGAGAGAGUAUGGGGUUUACCCACUGUGGUAAAAAACUCCCAGCAAGAAUUUUGUCCCCCACCUCCCAAGCCCUCAUUGGUCACUCAGCCCUCCAAGAUCCAUGUUCCAAGGUCCAUCUCUCUUGAAAAUUGCCUUAUCACCAUUGACCUCCGGAAGAAAUUUGAGCACCACCUUCGAAAGAGGCUUAUCCUACAAUGCUGGGGCCUACCCAAGAGGAUCCGUGAGUCUCUGUCAUGGAUGAAUCCUCAGGGCGAACUUCCAGAGUUAUCCCCAUCUAAAAGUAACUAUGGACUUUCAUGGAUCUCUUUCUUUAAGCAACAUGGCAGGAAAGACCUACACAAUAUUGUAGACCUAACAAUAUUGAACCAACCUGGAAGCUUCCCAGCAAAGCAGUUAAAGAAACUGUUGAAAGCAAAGGGACACAGCCUAGAAACUGUUCAAAAACAGCAGACAUGGAGUAACACUAAGGGCACUCUAGAUAAUGGCCUGCAAUUUGACUGUGAGAUAAACUUACAAUGCCCCUCAGACAGUCCUUCAUGCAAACCUUCAGGAACCUCAGAGGUGAGCCGAUGUCAGAAAAAACUUGAAACUUCUCUGAAAGAACACUUGACCAUACAUCUCAAUGAAACCAAUGAGGGUCAGAUCACUAGCACUAUGUUCAGAUCAAGGCAUGGUCCUUUCCCUUUUACUUGUGUGACCAAGCAAGAACACGAGGCCCAGAUGCCUUCUGAUAAUAAGGGUGGGCUUGUAAAAAGCACAUCUACAGUGAAAAAGUCUGUCUUACACACCAGGCCGGUAGAGUCAGAGGGCAAUAGAUACAACUCAGAUGUGCCCAGAAUGUUGGCUGAGGUUGGUUCGGUGCCAUUGGGUAAGAGACUUAAUUCUGGCAAAACAGUUCAGAGCUCUCAAGUAACAAAGAUGAUUGACAAAAAAGCAUUUGUAUCCAAUAAGGUCAGUAAGGGAGGGCACCUCAGUGGUCUUCAACCAUGA